AUGUCUCGUGGGCCACCACCGCCGGCUGGCGCCAAUGCCUACACCUUUGGCGACUUCGACUUCAACUCGCUCGUCACGGAUGCUAUGGCAGAUGACCCCAGCAUGAUGGCCAUGCUGGGCGACAGCUCCAUGUAUGACAAUUUCGACUCGAUGGGCAUGAAUCUCGACAACCCACCCGACGACACAUCCCUCGCCCAAUUCAGCGUCCAGAUGAACAAUAACCAGGUCGCCGCCGCCGCCGCCAUUGGACAGGCCAUGCGCGACGGCAGCCCUAUGUCACCACAGCAGAAGAAUGGCUCCAACUUCUUUUCCUUAUCAGCAGAGGAUCACCAAGGCUCUGGCCCCGGCGCCGGCCCCGCGCCAGCCGCCGGCUUCAGCUCCCAGGCUAACAUGCCGGGCGGCAAUACCCUGACCGAAUUCACGAAGCGCCGGAACUGGCCCGCCAAGGUCGUCGAGGAGCUCAAGGACUUUCUGCAGAUUCUCGACGCCAAUGGUCGCAUUCGCUUUGUAUCCCCGAGCAUCCUCAGUGUUACCGGCUACACCUCGGAGGAGAUUGCCGACAAGUUUCUCAAAGACUUUAUUCACGAUGACGACGUUGGUGUUUUCGUCGCCGAGCUCAAUGAGUCCAUCGCCUCUGGCAACCCGCUGCGCAUGUUUUACCGUUUCAAGAAGAAGGACGACACGUAUGCCAUCUUUGAGGCUGUCGGCCACGCUCACAUUGCCGCCGCGAAAUUUGCGCCGAACCCCCACAACCAGUCGCCAUUCUGUCAAGCCGUGUUCAUGAUGGCGCGACCCUACCCAACGAAGAACGCUGGGCUGCUCGACUCAUUUCUCGAGCACAAGAUCGAGAAUGAGCGCCUGAGGCGACGCAUCGCCGAGCUGAGGCGCGAGGAGGAGGCGGAGAAUGACGAAUCGCAGAGGCAAUGGGCGAGCCAGGACGGACGGUCGGAUGCGACACCUUCGGAGACGACCAUGAAGUCCUCAUCCGUGGGCAGGCCGGCGCUCUAUCACCAAAACACCAGCGGCAGCAGCACAUCCAUGGGCCCGCCGCCGGACAGGACACCGCUCAGCGUGGCAUUAACACGCGAGGCGCUGGAAGGCGUGGCCAACAGCCGGCCGGACUCGCUCAAGGAGAAGAUGGCGCGGUACGAAGGCUCUCACGCCGAGCAGAUUGAGAUGCUGACGGGACUAAACUACGUCGAUGGCGAGCGGAGCAAGGGCAUCACGACGGGCAACGCGAGCCCGACGCUCAUCAAGGGCGAUGCGGGAAUCGCGAUACCGAUGGACCGGGAUCCGCGCACAGGUGAUAAGAAGAAGAAGCUCAAGACUUCGGAGGAAUACGUGUGUACUGAUUGUGGCACGCUCGACUCGCCCGAGUGGCGGAAGGGUCCCAGUGGGCCCAAGACGCUAUGCAACGCGUGCGGCCUGCGGUGGGCGAAGAAGGAAAAGAAGGUCAAGAACAGUCCGAGGAUAGGAGGAGGCGGCAUGGCGGAGUAG